CAGCUGCAGCUCCCGUUCCACCAGAGCUGUUGGCGUCUCGUCCGAACCCACCUUUUCCACCCGCAACACAACAUAACCCCGCAACACCCGCCGGACUAAAGAAAGAAACAAGAAGCAGAAGAAGGGCACACUUCGUUCUUCUCUCUUCCUCCCCCCUUCCAUACGAUACGAGAAGAAACCAAACCAAACAGCACCCUAUCUCACGAAACCAUGGCUGCCUUCCAAGCAUCGGCUCGAGCUCGCCAGCACCAGCAGCUCCUGAGCAUUUCCCGCAACCCGUCGUACCUCGACGACGACGCGGUCACGCGAACAACACAAACACAAACGCCACUGUUCACGCCCGACACCGAGGAAUGGGUCGUAUUCUCUCCCUCGGUCGCUGGCGAGACGAACACCAUCCUAUCGGGCACCGGCACCAAGAGCGACGUCGACAGUAGCAUCAUCACCACUUCGUCGCCACAGCACACACGUCACGUGCCCGUGUUUGAGGAUGAGGAAGAGGAGGAGGAGGAGGAGUCGCUCGAUGGCGCGGAAACAGAUUCCCUGCAGGCGUUCCGUGAUCAGGAGGAUCAGGUGUUGUUCCCCACACUGCCGACGCACGACGGGCUUGGAACAUUCGCAUCUUCGUCAGGGAUGACGGGGUUCAGGUCGCUCGAGGAGUCGCUGCGGCUUGCGGCCGCGAAUGAGCAGGGCAGGGAGGGGGAUGAUACGCAUUCGAGGAUCAUGAAGUGGCGGAUGGAGCAGGGUCAUGCGUUGAUGGACGAGAUCGAGAAGGCGACGAGGAGGCGCAGACGGUUGUCAAUUAUCAGUCGGAGGAACACACAUUCCGGGAGGGCGAGCAGGGUGGGCGAGGGGGAGAAAUAUGAGGAGGCGGUGAUCCAGGAGACCGACGACGAGACGCAGAGCGAGGACGAGGAGGAGGAUGCUACGAACGAGACGUUCUGGAAGCGGAUCACUAGGAGCUUCAUUCGCGAUAUCAUCGGCAUCGACGACAAUCUUCUCGAAGUACUCUUCGGCGAGGCGCUGCCCGCAGAAGUGCAGCUCGACUCCUCAUCCGAGGAAGUACAAUUCAAGAAAGAUACCGAAGAACGGAUUCUAAAUCGGAUCGCAAAGGAGUUGGGAGAGCUCGUACACCUCUACACCCACCAUCCCUCCGGGACCGGCGCUUUCUCGAAGGCACCAGAAGGAGGCGACUCGGAGGAGGAAGACGGUGCGAAGACCCCGCAACCUCGUACGACCCAGGAAGCCACAAUUUCGCCCAAGGUCGUACGUCCACGUGGUUCCUCGCUGAUCAGCGCCGCAACUGGUACAUCCUCGGUACCCCAGUUUCAGUUCGCCCCGACCCUCGCAUUGCGACGGGAAGAGGCACACCAUGCCUCCCUUUGGGGCAUCGAAGAGAACGACGACCUGAUGAACACACAGCUUCGUCGCGAGUAUUGGGAACAGGAACUCGACAUGCGGCUUGUCUUUUCGUAUCUCAAAUCCCGUUUUUAUGGACUACCUCCUCGACCCCCUACGACAUCAUCGGCCUCAGCCGCCACCACUACCACUACCUCCUCGGCACCGUUGCAUCAUCACCACCCGCUGAUCAACGGCAAACACUCGUACUACAAUCGGAAAUCGACGACGACAAUAGCACCAUCCACCACCGCCGCCAAUGCAGCCGCAGCACCCGUGCCGGCCCCUGGUGGGUUCUUUGGAAACUUUAUCAUGGGGAACCUGAAGAUGGGUGGGAAUUGGGCCGAGCGAGUGACGAAGGAUAGACGGGGGAGCAAGGCUAGUUCGCGAAGCAGAGGAGGGUACUAUUGGGGCGUUGCGACGAGUGUCGGCAGCGGACAGAGCAGCUGUGUAGGCACGGGCAUAUGGGCUGCCAUCUAAUAUUUUGCGUGCGAUUUGACAUGUCAUGUGUGUGUUGCAUGCUGAAAGUACAUAUUCUG